GCUCAGUCUGGUCUCAAGCUCAAGUGAUCCUCCUGCCUUAGCCUUGUGAAGGUGCAGGGAUUACGGCACCCAUCCCGUCCCUAGAGUUUCAAAGUACCAUAUGUCCUAAAAGGCUAGCUGACCAUAGGGAGCUUUGGACCACAGAAAGUAGUAGGGGUCAUUUCCUAAGACCUGCUUAUGGCCCAAGGCCUGGGGGACAGGACUUAUUCUCCUCAAGCCUAAUCAGUCUAUCCAGCUACUCCUUAACCCUGGAGGGAGAAGGCAGCUCAGAUAGAAACCUCAGGUUUGCACAGGCUGGAUGCCUGUGAGCUGCCUGUGGCCAGACAGAGGGAAGGCUCAGGCACUGUCCUGAGAGGACAGGUGCAAAUAGCUGUUUCUGGACUGCUUGCAUGUAUCAGCAACUAUAGAGGGGUCUGAAUCCUUGGCUUCUCAUGGAGAUGGGUCCCCCCAAGAGCUCUGCCGUGGGUGACUGUGGUGGUAGUAUUUGCUGUGUGCUGGGUGCAGAGCAACGUUGCCAGGUCCAUUCCAUCUUAUCAGUGUAGGAUGAGGUGGGUUGCAUACUCAUCGUCUUGUGCACAUAGAAACUGAGGCCAAGGUCAUAGUGCUGGUGACUUGUGGGCUGGUGUCUUAGCCCAGCACUGUGGCUCUAAGCCAACAUCGGUCCCUAGGAGGUCUAGGAGGUCCCAUGAUGUCAGCCUGGGUUGUAAAAUCCCUUCCCUCCCUCUCCCCACCACUAGGAUCUCCUGGCUAGUAGUGGGAGGCAGCCUGGCCUAGGUACUGCAGGGGCUGCUUCUGGAGACACCUGGACUUUGGGGGCCUCCUGUGGCCUGUGUUAUCUGCUGGAGGCAUGUGGCCAGCACUAUAUGAAGUCCUCCCAGGCAAGCUUUUGGCUUGGUAAUGGGCACAAGUCACCACUGCCAAGGCUAACCUAAGCAGAACCGAGGUCCUGCUCAGGAGACUGAGAGGGCCUGGAUGGUGAAGAAGACUCUGGAGCAUCAUGACCAUCUUGCUGUGGACACAUCCAUCUUGCUGGGUGCUGGUCUAUUCCAGGCCGGUUCCCCUGAGUCCACCUGGAAAGCAUGUCCUAAACAGCUGAUGGACAGGAUAUGGGCCUGUCCCUUGAUGGGGCCAGUGUGUUCCAGGGCCUCUUGGGGCUUGCUGUGUUCUGCUGUAGCUGAGCCAUUAGGGCUAGAAAGGCAGUGAUCCCACCUCUCUUCAUAGCUUGCAGGUUCUCCAGGAGGCCAAGAGGGGGGCGGAGGGCAAGGCCUCCACUACUUCCCCCUGGAAUGGAGUUGAUUGGGCUUGUGUUGGGUCUGGAGGAAUGAGGCCUGUGGAUAGGGCUGGCAAAGGAGUUGGGGCAGCUUUCAGGGUGAGUGGUGCUGGGAACUAAGGGGUGAUAUGCUUGAUGGCCUCAGUGCCUCCUGGGGAGGAUCCAGGACUCCAUCCCUCUGGCUGGGCUGUCUAGAGCCAGAGGAGAGGCCCUCAGGCUGGGACGGGCAGAAUGUGGGAGGUAGCUGCAGAGCUGGGCCCAGAGCCUUACCAAGGUGCAGGCAUCCUCACAAGGAGGUGCCUCAGGUUGGCCACAGGGAGUAGCUAGAGACGCCAGGGGGUCUUGGCCCUGGCAUCCUCCUGGGCUUAUCAUAGGUUAUGUGACUUGGCUCAGGUUUUCCCCCAAACAAACAGCCAGUUGGUGCUGUGCUGUCUCCUUCCUGCCCCUCUGCCUUCAGAAGCAACAGCUUUCCUCAACCCAGGACCUGCCUGCCUGGCAGAGCCAGCAUCUGACGCUCCCAGCAGCCUUUAGUGAAGGUGGGGCGCAAUGGGGUGGGACCUGGGCCUCCCCCACCCAGUCCACUCACCACUGACCCCUGGGUUUGAGUGGAGCAGACCAAUUUCCCUACCUCAUGUCAUGGCAGUUGGGGCAGAAUAGCACCUGCUGGGCCAGGAUCCUCCAGAGUGAGCCACACCAAUGCAGUCCUCUUCCUCCUCAUGUGCAUUCUAAUUGUUAAUGGAAUGUAGAACUUGAAGUUUGAAUGCAGAUAAUCUUGGUGUUUGUAUGGACAUGGAUUCUGUGUCCUGCUGUUGGUUCCUUUGUGUCACUCACUAGACCCCAUAGGUGCUGAGAGAGCUAGCCAGCUUCUAUAGCUCCUGAGCUCAGGGUGCUAAGACCUCUGCAGCAACAGAGUGGCAACUAGGGCUUACUGGUGCCCUGCAUAUACCUGUGAACAUGCCUUCCUUUGCUAUGCAGAGAGGCUGCAGCAUAGCAGACUGGGUCUCUGUUUCACAGCAUCCUGUUCUUAAAAUGUCCCAAACCCGGCUGGGUGCCCAUAGCUCAGUGGUUAGGGCACCGGCCACAUGCACCAAAAUUGGUGGGUUCAAACCCAGCCCGGGCCUGCUAAAAAAAAAAAAAUGUCCCAGACCCCAAAGCAGGCCUGUGGCCCAGGCCUCCACUGAGAUGCUGGGGAAGCAUAGUCUGGACAGAGGCGACUCCUCUGCCUGCCCCCUUGCCCUCAGGCAGCUAGGAGAAAGUCCUACCAAAUGGAAAGCCAGUCCCUGUCACUCUCAGCCGGCCCUUGGUGUGCUUUCAGCCCUCAGAAUGAAACUCAGUCCAAACCCUUACUUCACCACAGCCCAGGACCUGGGCAGCUGUUUCUGCAUAGCUUCAGAUUUUUGCUCUUGUACCUCUUGGUUAUGAUCUGGGCCUAACAUCCUCCCACUCUGUGAGCCCCUUGAGGGCUGAGCCCACGGCCCCCAAUAUGUCAAAUGAGCAAGAGAUCCAAGGUGAGAGUGGUGCCUGGCAUCUGGCUGUCCACAUGAACAAGGACUCCCAUGGGGAGGGACCCCCCAGCUUACACCAGCCCAACUCAACAUCAUGUCCUGCUUGCAGCCCCUGUUCCCAGCACCCGUGGGCAUUCCCUGUGUCCCCACCUACCCUGUCCUGAGCCAACUUGGCCUCGUCUGUCACACCUUUGUGCCACCAGCUCUCAGGAUAGUCCCUGUAGGUAUUCAGCCUCCCUGGGCAGGUGGCUGCUGCCUUCUCUUGUGCUCAACCAGAGAGGGCCAGAGUAGAAGGGCCAGGCUGGAGGUCAGUCAGAGCUAGGUCCCCCAAGCCCAGAAUGAAUGGCUAAAGAGGCAUGGAAAUGGCAUCCCCCCCUGCCAUGGCUGCUGGCUAAAUGCCCUUGCUGUGGCCAAAUUGAUGACUGCUGGUUCUGCUUACACCAGGGAAGAGCUGUGACCUACCCUCCAUGAGCUGAUGAGGUCUCACUCUUGAGACUCCAGAUCUCUGCAGAAGCCCAGGCUGGCUGUGUCAGGACAGACUUGUGGUCCUGUCCUCAGCAGCUGGAGUUCCUCAGGACAACUGGCCUGGCCCUGACUGGAGCCAGUGUGCACAGGCGGGUGUGUGCUUACGCAAGUCCCGCAGGUCUGUGAGCUUCAUCUCCCUCUCCUUCUCCGCAGUGUACUAACGGUCACUUGAUGUGCGCUGGCUGUUUUAUCCACCUACUAGCAGAUGCCCGGCUGAAGGAGGAGCAGGCCACGUGCCCCAACUGUCGUUGUGAGAUCAGUAAGAGCCUCUGCUGCCGUAACCUGGCUGUGGAAAAAGCUGUGAGCGAGCUGCCCUCAGAGUGUGGCUUCUGCCUGCGCCAGUUUCCCCGCUCCCUGCUGGAGAGGCACCAGAAGGAGGAGUGUCAGGACAGGGUGACCCAGUGCAAAUACAAGCGCAUCGGCUGUCCAUGGCAUGGCCCCUUCCAUGAGUUGACGGUACACGAGGCUGCGUGUGCCCACCCUACCAAGACAGGCAACGAACUGAUGGAAAUUCUUGACGAGAUGGACCAGAGCCACCGCAAGGAGAUGCAGCUGUACAACAGCAUCUUCAGCCUGCUCAGCUUCGAGAAGAUUGGCUACACAGCAAGGUGGCGUCUUCACUGUAGGGGGCUCUAUAGCCUUGGGAUCUCAGCAAAAAGGGCCUCGUGUCUCAGCAAGGCCUGGGGGCAUGAAGAGCACUUUGUGGAGUCAGGUCCUGACUGGGCAGUCAGUGACAGCAGUGGCCACGGGGCUUCCCCAGGCUGGCACGAAGACGCUAAGAGGCCCCAGUGCAAACUGAGGGCACCCAGUACAAACUUCAGACUUGGGUGUGGAUACCCACAGAUGCACAGGCUGGACUGGGCUCAGGCUCGUGAAUCUCAUGGCUCUCCAGGCACCACCUUUGAACACACUGGGGAGCAGGAACCAGGUCAGAGCCUGGUCCAGACAACAGAAAGAAGCACCUGCUGCUGGGGCCACUCAGAGAAACUCCAUUUCAUUCCUGCUCAGUCCACACAAGGCAACCAGCUCGGAUUUGCCCGGGGUGGUCAUGGGCAGUUGGUCACACCAGGCUGCCUGGACUAGGCCUGGCCAGGUAUGGGCCUGAGCAGGCUCAACAAGCCAGGGGCCCAGGGGCCUUAGCAGAAGGCCAGUUGCUACUGGUUAGCAGCAGCCUUAGCUGUCCUAAUAGGCCCCAUGGAGCCUGGACGGCCUAGGGCAUCGUGACUGAGGCUGAGGCAUGGAGAGUUCCAUUUGUACAGAAAGGACCGGCCACCUGGAAGCCCAUGCCUCACGGAGGGACUUGCCAACCACAGGCUGCAGGCUGCACAAGAGGACUAUGAAGACAGGGUUGCCUGCUGCCUGGGGCCCUGCAGGCACAUCUGCAGGCAGAGCCUGCAUCACAGCCUGACGCCCAUGGAUCUGGCACUCCCCUUGGGCAGGGCUGGGUGCCACACACCUGUCCGCCGGCUUUUCUGGCAGCUCUGUAUCAGAACCAAUAAAGUGCACUUAUUCUCA